AGACAUCUAGAGCUCAAGCACUGAAGUUUCAAGGGCCACAACCAUGGUUGCCACCGUGGAUGAGGUCAAUGAAGAAGCAAUUCGACUUUUGAAAGAUGCCAAGGAUGUGCAGCAGUUCUGUGAUGCUGCCAGUCGUUUGGGAGAGUCGGCCAAAGAGGUGCCAGAGGCCAUCCAAUGUGUUCUCUUGCGUUUAGUGGCAAGGCUAGCGAAGGUGCUGCGCUUACUUUGCAGUUCGCCAGGGCCGAUGCUGUUGAAUGCCGCAAGUGACUGGGCCCAGCAGGUCCAAAAGUCACCAGAGCAUGGCCUGGAGACUUUGCUGGAAGUUCGGGAUGUGGGCCUUGCAGAGGGUGUAAUAUCCAGUGCAGAUGUGAGGACGGGUGUGAGCUUGCUGCUUCCAAAGAUGUUGCAGGCAGGGCAACGAAUAUGUAAUUUUCUGGCCAUCAAGGGAAAAGGGGGCCUGGAGACGAUCGAACUGUCUGACUCGCAGAACUCCGUGGGCGCGGAUGCAGCUGGCCAAGCUGCAAGUUCCAUUGCCCAAACCCGGAAGAGACCGCGGCCGCAGCCUGCGCAGCCCGCACAGCCUGUACAGCCUCCGGCUGCGCAGGUGGCACAAGUGGCUCCAUCAGUGGACAUCUUCUCAGAGCCCUUGCUGAGUGACCUUCCCAAACAGCCCAGUCAGCCAGUGAAGAAAGUCCGCUCUGCAGCUCCGGUGAGCUCCGAUGGAGAUUCCUUUGUUGCCAAGGAUGGCCCAGCUCGGCCACGUCGAGGCUAUAAUGUUUGGACUGAGGCAGAAGAGCAGCGCCUCAUCGCGGGAUACAAGAAAUAUGGGAAGGACUGGAAGAUGAUCCGAGCAAACUGCGGCUUGGAGCACCGGGACAACGUUCAGAUCAAGGACAAGUGGCGAGUUCUGCAGAAGAACGGCACGAUGUCUGGAAAUACAACUUAGAGGUACGCCAUGAGGUACCACUCUGCCCGAUCACAGUUUCACAGCCAAAAGCACACAUCUCUUUGCUCCGUGCGGGGGCCAAAAA